UGAUUUGUUGUUAGCUUCGUAGUUUUAUGCGAAUUGUGCUGUUGUUGUUACUGUAGCUUCAGGCAAAUUACAUAAAUAGAUUGUUUGCGUGCAAAUAUAAAUUAGUUGCGAUUUGUAUUUAUAAUAAUACUUUACGUAGUAUUUGUGUUGUUAGUUGUUGUGCUUUCUGGCGCGCUAUAAACAUUCGUCUUCUAUUUCGUUGGAUGUGCUAUUUAGGUGGCGCCUAGUGUAAUCACUCUGACUAUGGCAUCGUUGACAUUGCGCUGCUCGCGUCGUGCGAUCGCUGCCAACACCCACACAAGCAACAGUUGGCGGUUAAUUCACACACUUCAAAGGCGCCAACAAUUACAACAAGCAUGUGGGCGUGUUCGCGCAGCUGCAGCAGCGCAUACAACAACAUUUACAACAGAACCAAAAGCAAAUGCAAAUAACAGCGACUUUGCCAUCUCCAUACGAAGAAUGUCGUCGGGAUCAAGUUCAGCCAAUUUGGUGGCAGUUGCCGAGUCGCGUCGCUUUAUGAUCGACUGCUUCAAGGCCGUCAAUGUUCCCGAGGAACACGCGGUGGCUCAGGCGGAACUUCUGGUUGCUGCCGAUUAUCGUGGACACUUCAGUCAUGGCAUGAAUCGCCUUGAGAUGUACAUCAACGAUCUGGCCAUCAAUUCCACAGAUGGCGCUGUCGAGCCAAAGAUACUCAAGGAAACCCCUUCCACGGCCUGGGUGGAUGGACAUAACGGAUUGGGCGCAGUGGUGGGCAACUUUUGCAUGGAUUUGGCCAUUAAGAAGGCCAAAAAUGUCGGAGUUGGCUGGGUCUGUGCCAAGGGAUCCAAUCACUACGGCAUGGCUGGCUGGUAUGCCAUGCGGGCGAUGGAACAGGGCCUCGUUGGCAUGUCCAUGACAAACACUUCGCCAUUGAUGGCUCCAACGGGUGCCAAGGAGGCUGCUCUUGGCACAAACCCUCUGUCUCUGGGUGCACCUGCUGCCAAUGGUGACAAGUUCCUUCUGGACAUGGCCACAACUGCGGUGGCUGUGGGUAAGAUUGAGAUUCAGCGCAGGAAGGGAACUCCCCUGCCCGAUGGCUGGGCUCAGGAUCCUGAGGGUAAUGUUACCAACGAUGCCGAGUUGGGCUUCAGCACGGGCUGCCUGAUGCCCCUGGGCGGCUCUGAGCUCACCUCCGGCUACAAGGGCUUCGGUCUGGGCGCCAUGGUGGACAUUUUGUCCGGCGUGAUGUCCGGCGCCAAGUACUCCACACAGGUGCGAAAAUGGACGCACGCAGGCGCCAAUUCAGCUGCAGAUCUGGGACAGGUCUUCAUUGCAGUCGAUCCCAACUGCUUUGCACCUGACUUUGAGGAACGCAUGAGCGACUUCAAUUCACGUCUGCGAGGAGUCCAGCCGACAAAUCCCGAAAAGCCCGUGUUGUUGGCCGGUGACAAGGAGGGAAACAACAUGAAGUCCGUGGACGCAGCUGGCGGCAUUCAGUAUCUUGAGAAUCAGUUGAAGACCUGCACAGCUCUCGCCGAGAGAUUGAAGAUUAAACCACUGUCCUUUAUUUAAAAUGGAAUAUGAGGCUUAGUUCCAAUUAAGUCGUUUUCUUCACGCCAUACUCUGAAGCAGCUUUUGCAUUUUGCUAGACCAAAGGACUUUGAUUAGUGCCUAAGAUAAAGAUCGGUUAAAACCAGUUAUAUGCAAAAUUUCAUUUUGCACUCCAUAAAUUCUAAAUGAACGUAAAGUUUUUUAUAUGAUAUACAGCUAGCAUCAUGAUAAUCACAUUUAAUAAAUAGCUUUAAACAACGAGUAAA